AUGAGCCGGACAAUCGACUUAGGUCAAUGCCUCCUCUAUGCGAGCGAUUCACUUCUACAGCUUCAAUUCUCCGCGGUUGCGCAUUUCAUCCAUCCAAGCAACAGAGAAUCCAUUGAACUACCCAUUGAUGCUUUCCAAUGGCUCGAUCAAGCUUCAAUCUGGAUUACCGAAGCUCCAGAGCUAGAAAUCCGGCUCUCUCUUAGCGUGCAUACAUGGUUGAAGCUUGCAAGUUCUCCGCUCCUCUGCAGCUUGUCAGACAUGCUCUGUAACUCUAAGGUACCGCAUACAUAUGUAUAUGGACGUCUUUCACUUACGCUCAUGCCACCUCAGAUUUGGUCCGAUCUAGGGUUUGCCAUCGUGCUCAAGGGGUAUGGCGAUGAUCAGAUCACGUUUGGUCUUUGUCGCAUUCCUACAACUUCCAAUCUCACAAAAGGACGGGCCUUGCCCAGUGUGCUCCGCAACCCUCCUGAUGCCCAUGUUCCACCCGGUGUGCCGACUAUCUCCUUGGCUGCGAUCAAUAUAUACGCGGAGUACCAAUAUCCACAAGGGGAACAAAAUACUCACAAACCGAUGCAUUUUCACAUUGGACACAUGAGCCAACCUCAAUGGCUCUUCUCUUCUGCAGAAUGCUACUACCCGACGCACCUAAAAAACUCUGAAAUGGUCGCCUUUUCAUCGUCUCCUCACAAGCCUGGAACAUUCUCUUUCAGGGACAGCACUCUCCUUCCAGAUCUUGGGAUGGGGUUGCCGUCAUUGCAGCACAACUCAACUGACAACUCAUUCGGAGCCAUGCUACGACUCAUUGACUUUGGUCUUCGCAAAUUGAUCGUUUCGUCCGGAGCAAGAGAUCGCCAAAUCAGGGUCAAUGAUAACGAUUCCCUUCUGAGCUUAUCUGACCUGGCUCCUGCAAUUUUCAACCCGAGAUAUCGCGAGGUGAGCUUGAACCUCUAUCACAUGGGUGAUUCCUUCAUCUCAUCUCCAUAUGCAGGCAGUAUAUCAAAGAGCAGCAUCGAUCCCUAUCAUCUCCAAGUCUGUGGCAUCUAUGCUUGCAAGUAG